AUGCACCUCAGUGCUGUGUAUCACCGCAUACCUCUAAGUGAUGGGAAUAGCAUUCCUAUCAUCGGACUUGGUACCUACUCGGAACCUAAGUUGACUCCUAAGGGGACCUGUGCAGCAUCAGUGAAGAUUGCCAUCGACAUGGGGUACCGGCACAUUGAUGGGGCCCACCUCUACCAGAAUGAGCAUGAAGUAGGGGAGGCCAUCAGGGAGAAGAUAGCAGAAGGAAAGGUGCGGAGGGAGGAUAUCUUCUACUGCGGAAAGCUGUGGGCUACAAAUCAUGACCCAGAGAUGGUCCGCCCAACUCUGGAGAGGACACUUAAGGACCUCCAGUUAGAUUAUGUGGAUCUUUACAUCAUUGAAAUACCCAUGGCUUUUAAGCCUGGAGAUGAUUUAUAUCCUAAAGAUGAAAAUGGCAAAUGGUUAUAUCACAAGUCAAAUCUAUGUGCCACUUGGGAGGCUUUAGAAGCUUGCAAAGAUGCUGGCUUGGUGAAAUCCCUUGGAGUAUCCAAUUUUAACCGUAGGCAGCUGGAGCUCAUUCUGAACAAACCGGGACUUAAGUAUAAGCCAGUCAGCAACCAGGUUGAGUGCCAUCCAUAUUUCACCCAGCCAAAACUCUUGAAAUUUUGCCAACAACACGACAUUGUCAUUAUUGCAUACAGCCCUUUGGGAACCUCUAGAAAUCCAUCCUGGGUGAAUGUCUCUUCCCCACCUUUGCUAAAGGAUCCAUUUCUAAAUGCACUGGGGAAAAAGUACAAUAAAACAGCAGCUCAAGUUGUUUUGCGUUUCAACAUUCAGCGAGGAGUGGUUGUCAUUCCUAAAAGUUUUAACCCUGAAAGGAUCAAAGAAAACUUUCAAAUCUUUGACUUUUCUUUCACUGAAGAAGAAAUGAAGGAAAUUGAAGCCUUAAAUAAAAACAUCCGCUUUGUGGAAAUGCUCAUGUGGUGUGACCAUCCUGAAUACCCAUUCCAUGAUGAAUACUGA